AUGUCCAUCUUCGUGGAUGGGUAUACAUCUACCCACGGUGCCAGUCUCCUGGCCAUCGCAGCAGCCUCCCCUCUAUCAACACGACAAACCUCCAAACCCGAAACAGUCGUCUACUGGGGCCAAAACUCCAACGAAAAUGCAGACCUUGCCCACUACUGCAGUUCAACCGCUGGUAUUGACGUUAUCGUUCUUGCCUUUCUGUAUGAGUUCGGCAACGGCAUAGAUAUUCCUUCCGGUGUUAUUGGAGAGGAAUGCUACAUCUCCACGACAGGCCAACCCCAGCUUUGCAAUGAUGUAGCUUCUGCUAUUGCUACAUGUCAGGCCGCCGGUGUCAAUGUCAUAUUGUCACUCGGGGGUGCUACUAGCUCUUACUCCUUGCAAUCACAGGCUGAAGCUGAAUCAAUCGGCCAGUAUUUAUGGGAAUCAUACGGAAACUCAGGCAACACCACCGUGCCCAGGCCGUUCGGCGACGUGUUUGUGAAUGGAUGGGACUUUGAUAUUGAGGUUAAUGGCGGCUCAAGUCAAUACUAUCAAUACAUGAUUUCGACACUUCGAUCUAAUUUUGCUUCUGACCCUGCUCACACAUAUUACAUCACCGGUGCUCCUCAGUGUCCUCUUCCAGAGCCCAACAUGAGUGUCAUCAUUCAGAAUUCGACAUUUGAUAAACUCUGGGUUCAAUUCUACAAUAAUAACAAUGGGCUCGACAACAUCCCUUAUGAAUCCUGCUCUCUCGGCUUUGGUGGGAAUGCCCCUUUUAACUACAAUGAGUGGGCAGAUUUCAUUGCUACAACUCCUUCGGCGAAUGCGAAGCUUUAUAUUGGAGCACCUGCCUCUACCUUAGCGUCUAAUGGUAAUAGCGCUGGUGCUAUGUACUACAUUACGCCAAAUGAGAUGGCGGCUUUGGUCUCUGAGACGAAAGGUAAUUCAACAUUUGGAGGGGUUAUGUUGUGGUCUGCUGGAUAUUCGGAUUCGAAUGUCAAUAAUGACUGCACUUAUGCUCAGGAAGUACAUAGCAUUCUGUCGACUGGUUCUCCUUGCUAGCUUUUCUUUCUCUUAUAUGCAAUCUAGUUUUUUUCGUUGAUACAUUCUUGUACAUAAUUUCGUCGAACGCUUAGUUUUCCCAG